UCCUCCGAGGGGGUGGGUCAGGGGGGCGGGCGCGGGGGCGGGGCCUGCGCGGGCCGCUGAGCUGGGCCCAGUGGGCUGCGGGGAUGCGGGGCACGAGCUGCGUGGACAGCGGCGGCGAGAGCCCGGGUGGCGCCGGGCUGAGCGAGGGCCCGCGGGGCCGCUGGCUGCGCCUCGCCCCAGUCUGCGCCUACUUCCUCUGCGUCUCGUUGGCUGCCGUGCUGCUCGCCGUCUACUACGGGCUCAUCUGGGUUCCCACGCGGCCCCCCGCGGGCCCCGCCGGCCCGCCGCCCAGCGCGCCGUCCCCUCCGUGCGCCGCCCGUCCGGGCGCGCCGCCUGCCCUGGCGCCCGCCGCUGCCUCGGUCUCCUGCCUCCUGGGAGCCCCCGGCGGGCCGCGACCCCAGCUCGAGCUGCCGCGCAGCCGCCGCCGCCGCCGCCACAGCGACCCCAGCAGCCGCCCGAACCGCCAGACAGCCAGAGAGACGCCGGAGGCCGCGGGGGGGCGAGGACCCGGGUAACCCUCCCUUCCACCCCAAGCUGGAUCGCCGGCCCUCGAGAGCCCGCGCCCCCACGGCGGAUGCUCCGUUACCCGGUUGGGCCCGGACUCCCUCUUCAUGACAUCGCCUAGCGUCUCCGGAGUCGUCAUCCAGAAGAAUGGGGGGGGGAGCAAGGGGAGCUGGCCCAGGGCCUCGCUCCUCUGCCGUCAGGCCGGGGUCCUCCACCAUCUGGCAGACCCGGUCCUGACCUCUGCCUCUUGACACCCUCCGUAGGAGUCUGAGCACAGAACCCACAGCCCACCGUUCUCCUCUCUGAAUCUCCGUGUCCAUAUGUCCCCCUGUAAUAAACUCCAGCCCCAACUGCC